GUAUUUGCCACUCUGUUAUGUUGUUUCCUCUCUUCUUCUUCUUCUCAAUCCUCACAUAACCGUUCGCCGGAGCAACCCUCGCCGGAGCUCCGGCAAUGCUCUUCUCACCUAAAAUUCUCCACUGAAUCCACCAUUUCUCAGUGAUGGGAAUCCCAUGGGACGAUAUCGUUGUGAUCCAGCACGCCAAGAACACGAACGAGCCUACAAUUGUCACUGUCAAUUGUCCCGAUAAAGCUGGUCUCGGCUGUGAUCUUUGCAGAAUCAUCCUUGAAUUCGGUCUUCGUAUUACCAGAGCCGAUAUUUCGACGGAUGGAAGAUGGUGCUACAUAAUCUUUUGGGUUAUUCCACAUCCUGAUUCACUCAAAAUUGACUGGGAAAGCUUGAAGACAAGGCUUCUUUCACCUUGUCCUUCAUGUUUGUUUUCUUAUCAUUUCAAACAACAAUCCGCUAAUCCUUCACCAAAUCAAAUUUACUUGUUGAAGGUUUGGAUUUUCGAUCAGAAAGGAUUAUUAUACGAUAUCAACGAAAUCUUGUGCAACCUCCAACUUACGAUUCAGCGAGUUAAAGUGAUGCCAACUCCUGAUGGAAGGGCCCUAGAUUUGUUCUUUAUCACUGAUGAAAUGGAACUGUUUCACACGAAAAAGCGGCGAGACGAUGUAUGUGAAUAUCUUAUGGAAGCUUUAGGAGAGAAAUGUAUCUCGAGUGAACUUCAGUUGGCUGGACCUGAAUAUGAUGGACAUUUGCAGGGGUUUUCUUCUCUUCCACCAGCUUAUUCUGAAGAACUAUUUGGUCCUGAGUUACCAGACAAGGUGUGGCUGCAUCCUCUCAGUCAAGACAUGACAACACUGAAGAAACCGAGUGUUACUGUUGAUAAUACGUUGAGCCCGGCUCAUACCUUGCUUCAGAUACAGUGUGUUGAUCAGAAGGGCUUGUGUUAUGACAUUAUGAGGAUUUCAAAAGAUUCCGAUAUUAAGGUUGCUUAUGGUAGAUUCACUUCAAGUGUGAAAGGCUUUCAAAAUAUUGACUUAUUUGUUCAACAAAAAGAAGAUGGGCAAAAGAUCAUAGAUCCCGAACGUCAUAAAACUCUAUGCGCUACCUUAAAAGAAGAGAUGCUUCAUCCUUUACGGGUAAUUAUAGUGAACCGUGGUCCUGAUAGAGAACUACUGGUUGCCAAUCCCGUAGAAUUGUCCGGAGGGGGAAGACCUCGUGUUUUCUAUGACGUUACGUUGGCCUUAAAAGCAUUGGGAGUAUUUAUUUUCUCGGCUGAAGUUGUUAGACAUUCGACGCAAGAACGCCAGUGGGAAGUCUACAGGUUUUUGUUGGAGGAAAGUCGGGAAUUUCCAUUGGAUAGCAGUAAAGCGAGAAGUCAGAUCGUGGACAAAGUUAGAAGAACAUUGAUGGGUUGGUAAUUUGGUUCAGUUCAUAUCAAAUAAAAAACACUGUUUGAGUAUUUGUGUUGCUAUCACUUUAAUUUUGGUUUAGGUAUUAGUUAUUUAACUAAUCAUGUAAAUUUGGCACUGUGGUAGAUGAUUUUAUGUUUCUUUUCUUUGGCUUUAGUGAAAUGUUUUCUCUAUAUUGGUUUUCUUUA